UUCCAUGAAAUGGAAGGUUCGAGUAUAGCCAAGAAACCGGGGAAAUUGUUGAAUCUUGGCUUACACGAGCAACAAGACGAACUCGAACAGAAACUCGAAAAUGGCUUCGCAAUUGUGCUCAGCCGAAUGGGUAACUUACAUGAACGCGAGGCGCACGAUCAGCUUUUGCAAGCAGUCGCUGACGCAAAGUUAGUGUCGUAUGACUUGAGUGAAUUCAUUGCAUUCCAGAUGUACGAAGUUGUUAUCGGUGGUUUACUGUAUGGUGUCCUUUCGGAUCCAGUGAAUGCGAGUAAGUAUUAUGAUGCACUGACGUUGGUUGCGAAUGGUUCGUGGUUCUGUGCGUUGUGCAACGUGAACAUGGUACUGUUUGAACUGUAUCCACGACUGCACAACGAGGCACGUCAACAAAUUCUGUUCUUCUUUCGAGAAUCGAUCAGAGUGAAUGUUCCCAAAAUCGAUAACGUCCUCAUCAAUCUGAUCCGAAACGCUAACGAUGGUGGUGACUUCAAAGACAGUUGUAAAAUGCUGACGGGCGUUGUGGGUUUGCUGAAUGAGAAUUACCCGUGGUUGAGUAAUCUUAAACCGAAAGCUUCGCUUAUUCCUGUUAUAUUGAUCGUAUUUUCGAGGAACGUUUCAUGGAUUGCGCGCAACUGGGAAGAGACUUAG